UAGCACCACCACAUGGAAAACGAUACUGUGUUUUUAAUUCAACAUGGCGAAAGCAUAUGCCGCUCUUCCAGUGGAUACAUUUGACAAACUUUAAUGGUGUGUAUAGUUGUGCGUUUAGACAAGAUGAUCGAAAGUUGAUAUUGUUCCUGUCUGACUAUUUUUACACCACUGCCAGUGAGUGGAGCUACAGUAAAUGCGGCAACAUACGGCGCGCAGGGAACCGCCAGGGAAAGGAACCGAGAGAAGUGAAAGCGUGCUGGAACGUUACACAUACAAGAGGAGCAAUUUAGAAAACGGACGAGAAAUAAACGGUGUUAGUUCGUACCAAAGCAGCGAGUGAGAGUAGCCUACGCUACGUGACAUAGUGAGAUGGACGGACUACGGGGGACGGGCUGUGAGCGCACCUCGACCGACCGCGAGUGAACAGACCGAGCCUGAAGCGGAUUGGGAUGGCAGCAUCCAGCAACUCAAGCCUUUCGGGUUCAUCAGUGUCUUCUGAUCCUGAGGAUUACCAACCGCCCAUAUGGAAGUCUUACUUGUACCGGCUCCAGCAGGAAGCUCCUCGGCCCAAGAGGAUGACCUGCCCUCAGGAGAUGGAGACCAGACCCAAAUAUUACGGCAGAGAGUUCCAUGGCAUGCUAUCGAGAGAGUGUGCAGAUGAGCUACUGGGAGGAGCAGACGGGGCUUACCUCGUCAGAGAGAGCCAGAGACAGCCAGGGACACACACCUUGGCCUUAAGGUUUGGGCACCAGACCCUGAACUACAGACUGUUCUAUGACGGGAAGCACUUUGUGGGGGAGAAGCGCUUUGAGACGGUCCAUGACCUGGUGACGGAUGGCCUCAUCACCCUGUACAUCGAGACCAAGGCAGCAGAGUACAUCGCCAAGAUGACCACCAACCCCAUCUAUGAACACCUGGGCUACACAUCCCUGCUGAAGGACAAGAUGGGGCACCGGCUGAGCCGGGGACGCACUGAACCCCGUAGGGUCACCUUCCAAAGAGAGGACAGUAAGAUCACCACUUCUCCUCUGGUACGGCACAGCACCCUGAAAGACUGCCCCUCCGAGAAGCAGAGCUCCUAUGACAAGAUCCACAACUUCAAGGUUCAUACUUUCCGAGGGCCUCACUGGUGCGAGUAUUGUGCCAACUUCAUGUGGGGCCUCAUAGCCCAAGGGGUCCACUGCUCAGACUGUGGGCUGAACGUACACAAGCAGUGCUCCAAGCUGGUGCCCAGCGACUGUCAGCCAGACCUGCGCAGGAUUAAGAAGGUGUUCAGCUGUGACCUCACUACCCUGGUCAAGGCCCACAACACCACACGGCCCAUGGUGGUGGACAUGUGUAUCAAGGAGAUAGAACUACGAGGUCUGCAGUCUGAGGGUCUCUACAGAGUGUCUGGCUUCUCAGAACACAUUGAGGACGUGAGGCUCGCCUUUGACCGAGAUGGCGAGAAGGCAGACAUCAGUGCCAAUGUGUACAACGACAUCAACAUCAUCGCUGGAGCUCUGAAGCUCUAUCUGAGAGACCUGCCCAUUCCAGUCAUCACAUUCCACGUGUACUCCAGAUUCAUACAAGCUGCAAAAAUUCCCAACCCAGACACCAGACUGGAGGCCAUCCACGAGGGGCUGCUGCAGCUCCCGCCAGCCCACUACGAGACCCUACGCUACCUGAUGAUGCAUCUCAAGAAGGUCACCAUGUUUGAAAAGGACAAUUUCAUGAAUUCUGAGAACCUGGGGAUUGUGUUUGGUCCGACGUUAAUGCAGCCGCCUGAACAGAACGCCCUGGCCACUCUGAACGACAUGAGGCAUCAGAAACUCAUCAUACAGCUCCUGAUAGAGCAUGAAGAUGUCUUGUUUUGAAGGACUGGAGCCCUGUCUGUUGCUGGGCAGGAAGGACGAGCCCUGUCUGUUGCUGGGCAGGAAGGACGAGCCCUGUCUGUUGCUGGGCAGGAAGGGCUGGAGCCCUGUCAGGGCAGGAAUAGGAUGUUUGAUUUAUUCCAUACCAGAGGAAUCUCAAGCCAUCAUGUCUGUCAUCAUAUGAAGUGUCAAAAUUCCCAAAUGUUUCUAUUGUGGUCAGAUUUGCGCUUCCAUUGCUUCUCUCCCAUAAGCAUGACUGUAUCAGUUGAAGUUGAGUCUGUGGUACGUCAGUCAGACAUCAUGUCUUGUUACAGUAAGGUCAAAGGUUGUCACAUUCUGUCAUAUUCUCCUUAAGAGGAACAAGGUAUUGGAUACGUCCCAAAUGGCACCCUAUUUUCAUUACUUCUGAACCGGCCCCAUAGGGCUCUGGUUCACAGUAGUGUGCACUAUAUAGUGAGUAGGGUGCUAUUUUAGAAAAAGCCAUUGAUUCCAGCAUUUCCACACACCUUUCAUAAAUCUAGCAUCAUCACACUAACACAUUCUUCCUGGUUGAUGUCUGUCUGUAUAGUGAUUGUCUGCUCAAGUGUGUUCGUUGUGUGCUUAUUGGUUAAUGAGUCUCAUGACUCAGAGACUCUUUUGACUCAGUAACUGUGUGAUCCUGUAGGGUGAGAUAUGGAUGGAUGGUCUAUGUAUGAAGCACUGUGCAGAUCAAUUUAUUUUGUGAAGAUUUCUUUUUGCAAAAGUU